AUGGCUCUGAGCCGGAUUCAAGGGCACGACGGGCUUUACUUGGGCGGGAUAUGGGCUCUUCGUCGAUCAGACUCGUUGAGCGACUUGGGAAUCACCCACGUUCUGUCCCUUGUCGACUUCAAUCACUCCAAUCUCAAGAACUUCAAGGAUGAGCCGUGGACCGAGUACGGAAAGGCGUUUCGUCACCUCGUCAUCGAUGUUGACGACGUCGACGACACCGACUUGUUGGUGGAGAUGCCGCGCGCGGUCCGCUUCAUCGACGAGGCAUUGCGAGGUGAGGCGGGCGCCGACGGAGCCAGCAGCCAGGACGAGGGCGGGGCAGCCCUACAGGGCCGCAUGGACACGCUGCAGCUCCAAGACGCCGGCAAUGAGAGAAAAGGGGGCGGUGGCGGAGCCGUCUUCGUGCAUUGUGCCGCCGGCAAGUCUCGCUCUGUCGCCGUGACCGUGGCGUAUCUGCUCUGGAGAUACCCCGGCCGCUUCGACCCCAACCUCGUGCCCCCCGGCUCCUGCGACCUUUCGGCUCGCGACAGAGCCGCGUCUUCAUCCGAGAAACGAGGGCGCAGGGAAACGGCGUCCGAGGCCGUCAGGGCCGCACUGGAGCUCAUCCGGCGCACGCGGCCCAUGGCCGAGCCCAACGACGGAUUCAUGGAGCAGCUGGCCCUCUGGUGGGAGAUGGAGUGUCCGGAAGACGUGGAGGCGCAUCCCGUCUACCAGCGGUGGGCGUACAAGCGCGAAGUCGAGGAGAACGUUGCCGUGGGCCAGGCCCCGAGCCGGUUGCGCUUCGAGGAUGAGCAACAGCAAAGUCACGGCAACGACCAUGACUCGACCCUCCCGGGCCCCUCCCUCGGCUUCAACCUCCGCUGCAAAAAGUGCCGCCGCACGCUCGCCACGGCGCCCUUUAUCCAGACGCACUCGCCCGCCAAGCUGGCGGCGGCGGAGCAGCCGUGCCCGCACCACUUUGUCGAGCCGCUCAGCUGGAUGCGCGGCGAGCUGGAGAAGGGCCAGCUCAGCGGACGACUGGCGUGCCCCAACGAGCGGUGCGCCGCCGGCGUCGGGCGCUACGACUGGAAGGGCAUCCGCUGCGCGUGCGGCGCCUGGGUCACGCCAGGCCUGUCGCUGCAGCGGGCGAGGGUGGAUGAGGAGGUAGUGGCGCCGGCGGCGAUGGCGGGAGUUGACGGCAGGAUGCGGAUGGGGAUUCGGAUGCCGCCGGGGAGGGGCGGGAAUCUGUGA